AUGUGCCUCAUCACCCACUACCGCGACUUCCACUGUGGCCACCGCUGGGCCACCGUCACCCAGCCCUGCUACCCCGGCAUGGGCUUCGACGCCUGCCCGAAGUUUACCGACGGCAAGGCGCGGCCGCUCCCCCCGAGGUUGGUUGCGCAGGGGGAGCCGUGUCCCAAGUGUGACCUGGGGAAUGUCUACGACCGGAAUGUGGUCCGGGUGGUUACGAAGGUGCGGUAUGGGUUUCGCUGGGGGCUGGGGCCGGACGCGGCGGAUCCGGGGUGUGAUGUUGCUUGUUGUGUUAUGUGA